AAAUUUCCACAUAGCGUGUGGUGGGGACUAGUGCUGGGCCAAAUGUGUCAUGGUUCGCGAUUGCAAAAAAUCUGGAUUGUUAAUUGUGUUCCGAUUGUUUUUGCUCAAUUGUUUCAAGUAAUGGAUGAUGAGAGUUUCAUUGAUUUAUGGUUGUUCGAAUGUAUGAAGUAUGAAGCAGCACAUUAAACGGUUUUCAUAUAUCUCAAAAAUAACCACUAUCAAUGGACGCGGCCAUGUUUUCUGGUAGCAGAAAUCGCGAAAAUCUUGCCUAUUAAAUUCCUCGAAUUAGUUUAAAAUCACGAUAGUGGAAUCUACAGAAUGCCGAAAAACGAUGUGAAAUUUAAGUGUCUACCAGCUACAUUCGCUUGGACCCUUUUGCUCAGCACUACAACACUUUUUUUCUACUUCCCGUGCCAGUAUUAUAUUGGACCGUAUCCAUGGGUUCCUGCAUUGCAAGGUGUUAUUACAUUCUUUGUUUUGACAAAUUUUACAUUGGCAACGUUUAUGGACCCAGGAGUAAUACCAAAAGCUCCACCAGACGAAGAUCGAGAAGAUGAUUUCAGAGCUCCUUUAUAUAAAAGUGUAGAAAUCAAUGGAAUAACAAUUCGCAUGAAAUGGUGUGUUACAUGCAAAUUUUACAGACCACCACGUUGUUCUCAUUGUAGUGUUUGUAAUCAUUGUAUCGAGACAUUCGAUCAUCAUUGCCCAUGGCUAAAUAAUUGCAUAGGCAGGAGAAAUUACCGAUUUUUCUUCUUUUUUCUCUUGUCGCUUAGCUCACAUAUGCUCAGUAUAUUUGGACUUUGCCUCUAUUUUGUCCUUCUACAUAAACAGCAACUAGGCGAAGUUCAGACAAUAGUCGCAAUGGUACUCAUGGGCGUGGUGACGAUACUGGUGAUUCCAAUAUUUGGAUUAACUGGAUUUCAUGUAGUGCUCGUUUUUAGAGGACGCACGACAAACGAACAAGUCACUGGCAAAUUUGAUACAGGUCACAAUCCAUUCUCUGGCGGAUGUUUGCACAAUUGCUGUUACACACAAUGUGGACCGCAGUUCCCGAGUUUAAUUAAACCUGAAAAGUAUUCAGGAAAACGACGCGGAGCUUGCACGUCCGACAUCUCGAUCAUCGCCACUGAGAACCAGGUAAAAACCUACAUGGAUAGCAGCAAUGGUGUUAGAAAUGCCAGUUCAAAUGCUUACAAUAAGUUAUCUCCUGGUCGUGAUGGAUCCGAUACGGAUAUGGAGCCAACGGCUUCUCAAUCAGCUGAUUGUGAGCCAACACCUCCGUUGCAGAGGCACGGAUCGAAAAGUAAUUUUUUCCUGCCAUCCAUGGAGAAUAAUGACUCUCCACGACAUCCUCUUUCACCGAGAGGAAGAGGAUUGCCAAGAGGCAGUCCUCAUCCUAGGCCGAGCGAUCUUUACAGAGGAAUGAAUGGAUCUCGUAGUCACACGCCAGAUCCAUUAUCACCAGAAGGUAGUGGAUCUCCGGCAAUAGGUCCGCAGAGAGGUCAGGGACAAGGUGGUGCCAGUCCAACGAUGCAGCAACGAAUCAAAGCCAUCGGUGUACCCACCCCGCUUGCCAUUUCCAGUCCAAUUCGCAGAUCAAAUCCAGGAACCCCGACGCAGGUCCGUCGGCCGGAUUUCAUUGGUGUGAAUGAUGCUCCCACUUAUUAUGACGUCCAACAGUGUAAUGUUGCCUGUACACACAGCAAUUAUAGUCCACAGCGACGUUUUCUUUCGGAAAGUGAAUUGAUACGUCAGGGUAAUGAGCAUCCUUAUUCACGAACAAAUAAUACAGUUGAUAAUAUUCGUGAACUUGCCGGUUCACCACAACGUGGCGUUUACAUGUGGAAGGAUAAUUCACCAGGUAGUUAUCCAGUGGCAUCAACAAUGAUUCAUCAACCCACAAUACCAACUCAACGUCCACCACCAUAUGAUUAUUAUCGUUCAAAUCCAACAAGUCCCACGCAACAAUUUAAUGCGAAUAAUAAUAAUAAUGCAGCGGCAGCAAUGGCAUUACAACAAAGACCACCUUAUCAUCCAGCUAUGAGAGGUGGUGUUCCUGUUUUUCCACCUCAACAUCCACAUCAUCAAUCAUCGCCUCAAGUUAAACGAAAAACAAUGGCAACACCAACAACACCAACAUCAAAUAAUGACGCACGACGACGUCCAAUGAGCUUUGUUAGAGCUUUAGAAAUGACUGAUUCAAUGGAAAUGGUCUCUGCCGCCGCCGCCGCAUCAAAUGACACAAGGUCACAACGACCAACAACACCAACACCUGAUCGCGCAAGCGUUUACGAUAUGAAUUAUGAAAUAUCCGUAUAGCGCACCCUUUUUAUCUUCGCGCCAUUCUAUGCAAAAGAGCCGGAGAUCGUUGUCCGUGAAUCUGCAGACUGUUUCCAUAUCAUGUGCUUCAGCGAGCAGAAAAUGCGGGGAUACGAGAUUUUUGUUUAAUUAUAUACUAAAUAUUGAGUGCCGAAAUGAAUCAUAACACACAUACAUACAUAUACGGAGAACUCAGUGAUACGGAGAAUAAAUUCCAGAUAAAUAGCGAAUAAUUAAAAAAAAAAAAAAAUUGAGAAUUCUCCGACUAUUCAAGAAAUUUAGUUUUCAAAUAAAACUACAAAUACAGAAAAAAAAAUUUUGAAACUACUUAAAAUAAUUAAAUAAAAAGUAAUCUCCAUUUAAAAAUCUAUUAGAGAAAUAAAUUUCUCAAUUUUCUCGAAUUAUUCGCUAUAAAUCUUGGAUAUUUCGGGAAAUUUGGUGAUGCAUUUUUUUUUUCAUUUAUGAUGGAGGAACAAUUUUUUUUUUUCGUAAAAAAAAGAGUGUGGAAUUAUUUUCAGAGGAAAAGGUGCAAUUUAGGAUAUUUUCCGUUGACGAUGAGAAACUCUGUGCGCGAACAAAAUCGAUCAAGACUCAGAAUAUGUUUCUAAAAAGAAAAAUCGAAGAAUUUCGAGGAUUUUUUCAUCGCCGUGAAUUUUUGUAGAGUAAAAUUUGGAAUUCUGUAAGUUCUGUUUUUUUUUUUUUUUUUGCUUAAAAAUUUUCGUUUCUUUUUAGGUUAAUCUAUUUUAAUAUUUAUUUUCUUCUUUUUUUAUAUUAAGUAUUUUUUUAUGUUUUUUUUUUUUUUUUUUUGUAUUUUCUAUGAAAUUUGCGCUAAUCGUGAAAAUCACGAGAAAAUUAAUACUUUUGGCUAUUUUUGCCAUUAAAAAAAAAUUUUAAAUUAAUGAAUUUUGAUUAAUAAAUUCGAAGUAAAAUUGAAAAAAAAAAAGUUGAAUUAUUGAAUUUUAAAUCAUUUAGAAUUAUAUUUUCUAAAAAUAGAUUUUAACUUAUUCUAUAUAAUAGUCGGAGGGCAUUUUUGGUUUUUAAAAUAAUACCAUAACAUUUAACGAAUAACUGACAUGAAUUGAAAAAAUUGAUAUUUUUUUAUUGAUUUUAAUUUAUCUAAAAAAAAUUAUAGAUAAAUAUUUUCAUUAAAAAAUUGUCUAAAAUAUCUUAUAAAAUUUUUUAAAUCUAAAUAAUAUUUAUAAAAUCAUAUUUAAAAGCGACACGAUUAUGAUAAAUUCGCAGGGUAAAUUUGUAGAGAAGUUUUUGCUCAAUAAAAAUUUAAACGGGUCGUUUUUAAAUUUUUCUUUAUAAAUUAGAUAAAUAUCAUAAAUUUUUAUUUUUUCGUAAAUAAUAAUAUUCGUUAGUAUUCAAUAUACAUAUAAGGCAAAAAAAAUUUCCAAUGUAAAUAAAUUUAAAUGACUAUUUUUUUCGCUUGGUAAAAACAGUUUUUUAAUUACAAAAACAAUUUCUGACAGUGAAAGUAUAAAAAUAAAUGAAAGUUAGAUAUUUUAAUAAUGAACUUGCGACUUAGUAUUAAGAUUUAAAAUGUUUUAUCUAAACUUUUCAAUGAUUCAACAAUUUUUUAUGAAUUUAAAAUUUAAAGUCAUUUAAAAUAUUUUUUUUACAAAUUCAAAGUGAUGAUAAAGAAAAAAGUGUAUACUCUCUAUAAUAAUUUCUUUCUUUUUAAUUUUUUAAAGAAUAAUUUAAAGAAAAUUGUUUAUAUUUUAUUUUUCUGUUAAUUAAUAGAAAUUUUUGAGAUCCUGAAUUUGAAAAAAUACUCCUGAAAUUCUUACGACUUUUUUUUUUAUUUUUCCUUUUCUUGAGAAUGAUCUCAAAACGGGUUAUCAGUUAAUAAUUUCCUUUUUAUUGGAAAUUCUGAAGCUCGGCCGUUGGAUAAAGUCUGACUUUUUAUUUUUUUUUUUUGUCAAAAGAGCUGAACACUUUUUUUAAUUAACACAUAAGGUCAGUUUAGAUUUUGAUACAGUGUUAAUCGUGACUAUUGAUUUGAUUAAAAAAAAUAUAUAAAAAACCACGAAAGUCAAUCACACUUUUUUCAAAAAAUAUGAUUCGACGAAUAAGUGUGAUGUGAAUAUUGGAGAUAUUUCCCAAUGAACUCUCUUUUUAUCUCUCACUCUCUUUCUCUGUAUCUUCCUCUUUCACUUUUUCUCUUUCACCAAAUGAAGAUAAAAAAAAAAAAAAAAAUAUCCGUGUCCAAGUAAAAGAGAGUUACUUAAUCGAACUUAAGUCAUCGUCAGGAUAGAAUAACAAAUUUUUUGUAAAAUAAUCGUGGAAACUGUGUAGUAAAUUUUUAAUAUACGAAAAAAUAUUUAAUGAGAUAUUUAUACGUAAAUGAUGUAAAACAUAAGACCAUUAUUUUGCUUGUUUGUUAAAUAUUUUUUUUUAUUGUCAUUAAUGUGUCCAUUAUUUGUUUUUAAUAUCACAAUAUAUUUGUCUUGAAGACGAUUCAAAUGAUGAAAAACAUUUUUUUAAGAAAAAAAAAAAAUUAUUUAAAUAAGAUUUUAAAAAAACGAAUUUUUCAAAGUAUGCAAGUGAUGAGUGAAAAUGAUUUUGAUGAAUAUGUAAUAAAAUUGAGACUCUUAAACUUUUUGUUACAUAUACAUAUAUAUAAAAAAGAAAAACAAAAAUGAAAAUGAUUUUGUAAUAUAUACAUUGCAUAAAUCAAUCGCUAUGUACUUCUCUUUGUACUCAUUCCAUUUCUUAUACAAAAUGAACCUUUUUACGGAAAAUACUUAAGUUUCGGAAAAAAAAUAGUAAAGACUAUUUUAAUUUCGUUUUUUUUUGUAUUUUGUUAUUUAUUUAUUUUAAUUUGAAAAAAUACAUCACAAUUUUUAUGAAAAUAGUUUAAGAUGAUAUACAUAUAUAAUUGUUUGAAAGGGUCAAAGUAAAAUAGUGCAUAUCGAAAUAAACAAACAAAAAAAAAAAAAUACAAUGAUACUGAACCAAUUUUGAGUCUAUAAUCAAGUUUCGUGGAUCAAAUUGCAAUUUUUUUCAGGAAUUCGUGAGUCUGACCAAAUUCUUAUUCUUAUCAAAUAGUAAAUCGUGCCAAACGGAGAUUUUUCAAAAAAAAUAUAUAUAUAUCACGCAUCCUACCCAUUGUUUCAGCACUGAGAACAACGGUACAAUCUUUAUGAAAUGGUAAUGAUUUCAAAACAAAAAAAAAAAAAAAAAAAUGUACAAGAUGCGACGUAUAUUUAGUGUUUGUAAUUUGAUGUACUUGUACAUAUUACUCGUUAUAAUUAUUUCAAUGUACAUACGUAUAUAUUUCGAUACUUCACGUAUCAUCGCUAUUCUAUAAAAAUAAAUACUCUAAAAUCAA